GGUGAUUCAACGACUCUCAGUCUCUUGCCUGACAAACGCGGAGCUAAGUGGACCUGUGCUCUAUCUCUCUCAGUCGAAUAUUAUUUUUUUUAACGUGAUACCACCACCCAAUUCAUUCAGAAUGGCUGAUACUGCUCCUAAUGUUGUUGCUGCUGCAAAGGUUGCCAGUGAAGUUUCUCAGGAGACAGCAAAGGUAGAUGUCAAGUCCCCUGUCAAGAAGGUGGAGACAGACUCUGCAGAGACCAAUGGUAAGACAGAGUCAGAGGAGACCAGUGGAACUGUUAAAACAGAGACUGGCUCCACAGAGAAAAUAACAGAGGAGGCUAAGACGUCAGAGAUGGGUGAGAACACAGUAGAGAAGGCCGGGGAGACGCCAAAGAGGCCGGGAGACACCAAAGAAGGCCGGGGAGACACCAAAGAAGGCCGGGGAGACACCAAAGAAGGCCGGGGACACGCCAAAGAAGGCCGGGGAGACCACAGAGAAGGCCGAGGAGACCACAGAGAAGGCCGAGGAGACCACAGAGAAGGCCGAGGAGACCACAGAGAAGGCCGAGGAGACCACAGAGAAGGCCGAGGAGACCACAGAGAAGGCGGGGAGGCCACAGAGAAGGGCAGGGAGGCCACAGAAAGGCAGCGGAGGCCACAGAGAGGCAGGAGACCACAGAGAAGGCCGGGGAGACCACAGAAGGCAGGAGACCACAGAGGCGGGGAGACCACAGAGAGGCGGGGAGCCACAGAGAAGGCGGAGACCACAGAAGUCGAGGAGACCACAGAGUCGAGGGACCACAGAGAUCGAGGAGACCAAGAGAGUCGAGGAGACCACAAAGAAGUCCGAGGAGACCACAAAGAAGUCCGAGGAGGCUGCGAAGACAGCUGA